GCUGCGCAUGCGCGGAAGAUCCGGCUCGCAUCGCAAGUCUUCGCAACGAUACGACGUGCUCCUCGGCGUGCUCCGUUCUCGGCGAACAUCGUGACGUUCUUCUAUCGACGUUUUGCCACGCUUCGCCGUCAAGUGUGAAAUAAUCACGAAUCGUAGAGCGUCACGUUAGCUGGCUUCUACGCUGUUCGAACGAAGGAAACGGAAACGUAUUCUUCCUCCUAACCUAUUACGAGAAUCGUUCAGUCGCGACGACGAAACAUGACCAAGAACGUGAGAAAGCCGAUGGAGAAUGGCGACAGCCGCGGGUCUCAUGGGCAGGCCUACAAGGACAAGAGCAAACCCGCGGAUAUUCGCAGUAGCAACAUCAACGCGGCCAAAGCUGUCAGCGAUGCGAUACGCACAAGUCUUGGACCUAGAGGAAUGGACAAGAUGAUUCAAGCUGGUAAUGGAGAGGUUACUAUCACAAAUGAUGGUGCCACUAUCUUGAAAGAGAUGAACGUAAUCCAUCCCGCUGCAAAAAUGCUCGUCGAGUUGUCAAAGGCUCAAGAUAUAGAAGCUGGCGAUGGUACCACGAGUGUCGUCGUGAUAGGUGGAUCAUUGUUAGAGGCAGCCGAACGUUUGUUGCAGAAGGGCAUUCACCCCACUUCGAUCAGCGACGCCUUUCAGAAAGCGGCAUCUAAAGCAGUAUCAAUUCUGUCGCACAUGUCCAUACCUGUUGACCUAACGGACAAAGAAUCUCUUGUAAAGGUUGCAGCAACAUCUCUUAAUUCCAAGGUUGUGCAUCAACAAUCUAGUCUUCUUGCACCACUCGCCGUGGACGCAGUAUUAAAGGUUACAGAAGAAGGCCAGGAAGUGUCAGUUGACCUAAAUGACAUCAAAGUGAUAAAGAAGUUAGGGGGUACCGUUGAAGACACUGAAUUAAUAGAUGGAUUAAUAUUUACCCAGAAAUCUUGUAAUGUUAACGGCCCGAAACGUAUUGAGAAAGCUAAGAUUGGAUUAAUUCAAUUUUGCAUUUCACCGCCGAAAACCGACAUGGAUCAUAACGUUAUCGUAUCAGACUAUGCAGCGAUGGAUCGUGUUUUGAAGGAGGAACGUGCUUACAUACUGAAUAUUGUGAAACAGAUCAAGAAAACGGGUUGCAAUGUACUUCUCGUGCAAAAGUCAGUCUUGCGCGACGCUGUCAGCGAUCUUGCGAUACAUUUCUUGGACAAAAUUAAGGUCAUGGUGAUAAAGGAUGUGGAGCGCGAGGACAUUCCUUUCGUGUGCAAAACGCUCGGUUGCAGACCAAUCGCGUCGCUGGAUCAUUUUGUGUCUGAGAAUCUUGUCAACGCGGAGCUCUGCGAAGAGGUUCAAACUGGAAAUUCGAAAUUUGUUAAGGUCACAGGAAUCCAAAAUCAUGGGAAAACAGUCACGGUUCUCGUACGUGGUAGCAACAAAUUAGUAUUGGAGGAAGCCGAGAGAUCGCUGCACGAUGCCUUGUGCGUCAUCCGAUGUUUAGUGAAGCAAAAAGCGCUGAUUGCCGGUGGUGGUGCACCAGAGAUUGAAUUGGCAUUAAAAUUGGGAGAAUACGCAGUGACCUUAGGCGGAGUUAAUGCAUAUUGCAUCAAGGCCUUUGCAAAUGCGCUUGAGGUGAUUCCGUCGACGUUGGCCGAAAACGCGGGUUUAAAUCCGAUAGCUACGGUAACUGAACUUCGCAAUCGACACGCAAAGGGUGAGGUAACAGCGGGGAUUAAUGUGCGGAAAGGCGCCAUCACUAAUAUAUUAGAGGAGAACGUGAUUCAACCACUGCUAGUUUCUACUAGCUCAAUAACUCUUGCGUCUGAAACUGUACGCAGUAUACUGAAGAUUGAUGACAUUGUCAAUACGACUCAAUAAAUCAUCAGACGUGUUAAAAUUGAUUCCGCACUCUUGCAAUUUGUGCACACGUACGUUUCAUUGGUUACAAAAGUCUAUACAUUUACGAUUAAUUGUAUGCUUUUUGCAAAAGUUUUACAUAAUGUAUUAUUUUUUAGAUACGUUACGCAGAACAAUAAAAAAAUGUGAAAUAUUCAGUGUGAACUCAUAAUUCGUAUUUAUUUUUUCGGCAUAAUGAACAUAUAAGAACGUUAUAAAAUUGUUAAAUUUUACCCUAAUGGAAAAUUUUUCUUAUUAUUGAAAGGAAAAGGUGAUAAAUUUGGGAAAUCUUGUAAAUAUUAACAUUUGUAUCUAAGAAAGAUAUACAUAAUACAUACGUAUUGCUCUUAACAAUUUAAUCGAAAUAAUAAUCUCAUGUACAACAGAAUUUUGUUUAAGUAUAACUAAACAUUAAGUACAUCUUGCAUGUAAUAAAAUAUUUAUCUAUAUUGCAUUUUCACGUUAUAAAUCAACUGCACGUCUAUUACUUUUAAACUCUAAAUUUAAUCAUAAUAAUAGUCAUUAACGUAAUUCGUAAAUGUCGUUAAGUACAUUUAUAUAGUAGCUGCAUUAUAAAUCUCAAAAUUACUUAUACAUUAAGAUCGUAAUAUUCGAAAACACUCUAUUCCAUAUAUUACAAAUAAACAUGCACAAUAUUGCGCUAA